CCCGGGGAUCCGGUGCACGCGUUUGUUGAACGUUGACACUGGGGCACGACUCGACCGCAGUGUUAUUCUCGAAAGAGCUCAUCGACGGGCGGAAACCUUGUGCGUUUAUACCCUGACGGAACUAAAAGAAGCGGUCUUUGACCAGGUGGCUCUGCCACAACCACCGAGUGGGCAGUCGCAAUUCAUCCGCUGGGCCACCCGCCUCUUGUGUCGUUUUGGUAUCAUUCCACAUAGACAUGCGUUAGCCGCACCACCUUGAAACACCCUCAUUUCGCGAAGGUCGUUCUCGAUUUUAAAAACGCUUUACAUAAAUAACUCGCUCGGCCCCUCUUCACCCUAUAUUUUGCGACUCCUUUAAUUCUAUACCUCCCUCCCACACGAUGUCUUUCUCCCUCGUCAAGUCUGUUGCGCGACAUCACUGCCGCACCUGGGUGCGGUCGGUGAGCAAUGUGGUGGGGACUACGCAGACACUGCCAAUUUACAUGAACCUCCCUGGAGCGGAAGGGACACCAAGAGACGCCAACCCCUCUUUGCGAAUGCUGAUUUUUGGAAAGCCUUGUGCUGGCAAAGGUACACUCGCUUCGAAACUGACCGACAAAUACGACAUAUAUUCUGUUUCUACUGGCGAUCUUCUCCGCAAACACAUAUUGGAAAGGACCGAUAUCGGAAAGGAGGCAGAAGAGAUAGUCGCAAGCGGUGGCCUCCUACCCGAUGAGCUCGUGCUCGAUCUCGUCGCGCAGGAACUCGACACACUCAGAAACAAGAAUUGGAUUCUCGAUGGCUUCCCUCGAACGCAACGUCAAGGCAGACUUCUAGAUAACUACUUGGGAAAACGCAAUCUCCCAGUCAGCCUCGUCGUAAAUGUCGAUAUCCGGGACGACGUCAUUCUGGACUGGAUAGCCGAUCGAUGGGUUCACAUCCCUUCCGGCCGCGUUUAUAGCACAUCAUACAACCCUCCCAAAGUUCCAGGAUAUGAUGAUGUGACAGGAGAACCCUUAACAAAGCGGCCCGAUGACACUCCCGAGAUAUUUUCUCGACGGUUAGACCACUAUUAUGCGCAAACGUCGCCACUGCUCUACUACUACGCAUCCCGCUCACCCCAUGCCACUCGUUUGCUAAACUUGGAUGGCGAUGUAAACCUGUUGUGGCCCACGCUCGACAGUGUCGUUCGUGAAUCCUUCCUUACAGUUCGUGAACGUCCACCGACCCGCGCACGAUUGCCGGGACAGAUGCAAGUUAGAUCGUCGCUUUAGCAUUCAUCCUAGAAUUUGGAGCUGGCUUAGCUUUGACAAUGUCGUGCACAAGACCCUGCAUCAUCAUCAUUUCUUGGACCGUGCUCGGCAUUCUGUAUAUAGACUAUCGACUACACACCACUCGCACUUCUUCCUAUGACUUUGCCCUUAAUGCAUAUAUUAACGCGACGCUCAUGUACAACGGUAUGUAAAUAGAUGCGUUACUUGUAGAGAAGUGUUUAUGACUAUUCGAAUAGGACUUUAGGAUUCUCUUCUGCAU